CUUACAUCCAACAGGUAGACUGUUAUUAUGUGCAUAAGGUAAUUAGUAUGGAGAUAGAAUGCAUCUUCAACGAAUGCAUUCUUCAAUAGAUGCCCUUUUUUUCACCGUUAAACACUCCGAGAUUAACUAACUGAUCGGAUUGUUCCUUUGUUCGAGCUUAUAUAUAGUUAAUACAUAUAUCUACAUCUCCACUCACACCCACUCGAUGGGAGAGCCGCUUCGUCCUAGCGGUAGAUGGCGGCAACCUGACCUUGUCUCAUGUGCCCAUUGCUAGUGUAUCACCGCCUGAUCACCUGCGCAAUGCAAGCCAAACCCUCAAUGGACAACGACCCCAUUUACAGACAUCUUGAAUUAUCUUAUUGGUUUAAUACUGACCUUGCCAUUAGCACGCUAUUCUCACUAGGUAUUCUCACUAUGUAGGUAAAUCCUCACUUGUAAAUCGCUAAUCCUUGGAUGGUAACAUCACGUUUACUGCUACUGCUGAGGGGGUUGUUGCUCAGAGUUGGCGCGGAGAGGUAAAUGGAUAUAACAAGGUCUUGGGCACCUCCGUUUGUUUUUAAGACUCUCCUCGCAUCUCUUUGUAGGCUUCAGACUAAGUUGGACUUUUUCAUAUCGGUCCAUGCUUUACCGAGUCUAGACUCUAGAGCCGUAACUACUUAUAUUAGAAAACGUAUAGAUUUGACAAGACUAUCGGUGAGUCGUAUUCCUGUCGAGAAUAGUCGGGAAAGAUGGCAGGGGAGGAGAAAGGGAUACCAAAGGGCCCACGGUGGGCAUUCUUUCGGAGAAGGGCUGAUGUUGAUGGUAAUGGCGAGCGCCGGAAGACCGAAAAGUCCCAAUGGAGCAUGGGAAUGUUGAAUGAUAAAAAGACUAUAGAGGUUCCAGGAUCUGUCUUGCUCCUUGCCCAGGGCCGAAAUGAGCCCCUUGGGCUUCGAAAUGCGCCAGCUAGGACAUCUCAUUCUUCCCUUCCCACAGGCUAUCCACAACCACCGCCGCCACAGCCAGCACCCGGGGAGCAGGAAGACAAGAAAUUGACCAAAGACGGGCAGAUUAUAUUAGAUCCGCAACCGGAUGAUUCACAUAAUGAUCCUUUAAACUGGCCAACGUGGCGUCGGGAUUCUGCUUUGCUUACUUUGGGUGUUUACUGUAUGGUUGGAGGUGGAACGACACCAAUUAUCGCAGCCGGUUUCACUGAUGUCGCGAAGGAUUAUAAUAUAGAAGUCGCCGACGUAUCUCUUACUACAGGUUUGUAUAUGAUGGGACUUGGAAUUGGUUGUGUUAUCUUCUCGCCUACUGCCAUUCUGUAUGGCAAACGACCAGUUUAUCUUUUCAGCGCCAUAAUAUUCGUCCUAUCGACGAUAUGGUGUGCUCUAUCACCUAACUUUACCUCACUUAUACUGGCUCGUAUCUUUCAAGGGAUUGCUGUGAGUCCGGUCGAAUGUCUUCCGUCUGCUACUAUUGCAGAGAUAUUCUUCCUGCACGAGAGAGCGUACCGCAUUGGUGUGUAUACUUUAUUAUUACUUGGUGGAAAGAACCUGGUUCCUCUCGUAAGCGCUGCUAUUAUUGAGCGCCUCGAAUGGCGCUGGGUAUUCUGGAUUCUUGCCAUAGUUGUUGGUGUUUGUGGAAUCCUUCUAUUUUUCUUCGUCCCCGAGACCUUCUGGGACAGAACUCCAAUACCAAGAUCACGUAAACAUCCAAAGCGCCCUACUCUUUUUAGUAGGAGGUCCUCGGCUCGGCAAGUCUCGAAGUCCCAUCUAAGCGGGAAUGCUGUUCGUAUUAGCGAGAAGCCAGCGGAAGGCGUGACCGGAGAGAAGCCUACAGGAACUUGCCAUGAGGAUACAUCAAAGGAAACGCAGCCGCGGCAUAAGAAAGCCCACGUCGGAUUUGCGCCCGGUACCGAGGGAGAACCAGCAACGGGUUCAGAAUACGCACACGAUGCCCAGUCUGUGCUAGCGACAGCUUCCACGGCGCCGCUUGACGGUAGAGACGAUAGAGACGAAUCUACGGCGACUGGAGAGGCGAUAACCUCUGUACCCACGACGACGGCCGAUGAUAUACCACACACUACCCGUCCGAUUGCUAGUCGCACGCAGUCGAACAGUAGUGCGUGGUCACGGGCUAACUGGGACGGCCCAGGACACCUUGGCCCGUCAACGCCAGACUCGCGUAGUUUACACUCGUCAUACUAUCAACGUCAUACUGAUGAUUAUUUCCGAGCGGAAGAAGGCAGCGUGCCUCAUCCGGCUCCAGGAACCGUUCAUUCUGAUACCGAGAGUGAGAAGAUGUCGUUCUCAAAUUUAGGGACGAUAACUACGGGUCAGGCUUACACACACGCUUUGCGAAACGCGCCGCCAAAAUCCUUUGCCCAGCAGUUGAAAGUUCAUCACGGGCGGCUCAGCCAAGAUAAGUGGUGGAAGGUGGCUAUUCGUCCUCUAAUCCUCUUUUCGUACCCCUCAGUUCUAUGGUCGGCCGCGGUCUAUGCCUGCUCGAUCGGCUGGUUGAUCGUGAUAUCGGAAUCGGUCGCUGUCAUCUAUCGAGAGGGUAGUUAUAAGUUCAGCGCGCUGGGAACUGGCCUUGUCUACAUAUCGCCAUUUAUAGGUGGUGUUCUGGGCACGGCUGUGGCGGGCAAGGUUAGCGAUAUCAUCGUUAGGGCGAUGGCACGGAGGAAUGGUGGUCUAUACGAGCCCGAGUUCCGGCUCGUGAUGGCUGCGCCAAUUUUGGUGACCACGGUCAUCGGGCUCAUGGGGUUCGGGUGGUCAGCUUACGACAACGAUGUUUGGAUUGUUCCGACCAUCUUUUUCGGAGUGGUCUCGUUCGGCUGCUCGCUAGGCUCUACGACAUCGAUCACGUUUUGCGUAGACAGCUACAGGCAGUAUGCAGGAGAGGCCUUAGUCACCCUAAACUUCAGCAAGAACAUAUUUCACGGGCUUGUAUUCAGUCUAUUCGUCACCGAAUGGCUUACGAAUGAGGGUUCUAAGACAGUGUUUCUCUGGAUUGGCAUUAUCCAGCUCAUCCUGCUCCUAUUUACGAUACCCAUGUACAUCUAUGGCAAGAGGGCUCGCAUGUGGACUGUUAGAAAGAAUUUCAUGGAGAAAUUCUAGAGAGUUCCCAGCUUCUAAAUAGCUGUUUACAUAUGAUUUGGUUGACAGCGAAGGUUGGCUUCUGUCACAGGUCAACUUGAUCUCUAAGGAAAUUUCAUUAGUUAUAUGGUUGAAUCAUGGCAGAUUUGGUAUAGCAUCUAUGGCGCUUGACGAAAGUAACGAUUUAUACUUAUACAUACAUAUACACAUAUAUAGAGUAUAAAUAUUUCAAUAUAUGAUAGUUAUAACAAA